AUGGGGACUAACUAUGCUAGUUACCUUCAAGAAGCAUCUACAGUUCUUAAUGCCUUUCAUCAGUACCCGCUUAUCAUGGUUCUUCAUGGUGGCUGGCUUUUGAUAGCAGUUCUAAUAAUAGGGUCUUCAAAUGAAUUUUUUGCAACUCAAGAGUUCAAUUUAGAUGCUAAGUGGUUGAUUGAUCCUCAGCAGCUUUUUGUUGGUCCUAAGAUUGGUGAAGGUGCUCAUGCUAAAGUAUAUGAGGGAAGGUACAGGAACCAGAAUGUUGCUAUCAAAGUUGUUAGAAAAGGGGAAACCCCUGAAGAGAUUGCAAGGAGAGAAGGCAGGUUUGCAAGGGAAGUUGCAAUGUUAUCCAGAGUUCAACAUAAAAAUCUAGUUAAGUUUAUUGGAGCUUGCAAGGAGCCUAUGAUGGUCAUAGUAACUGAGCUCUUAUUAGGUGCGACAUUGCGUAAAUUCCUUCUGAGUUUGCGGCCAAAGUGCUUGGACACACGUGUAGCGAUUGGCUUCGCACUUGAUAUCGCUCGUGCAAUGGAAUGCUUACACUCCCAUGGGAUCAUUCACCGGGACCUGAAACCUGAGAACUUGAUCUUAACCGAGGACCAGAAAACAGUUAAGCUAGCAGAUUUCGGUUUAGCUAGGGAAGAGUCAUUAACCGAAAUGAUGACUGCUGAAGUAAUGCACCUUUACAUAUGUAAACAGCUUUAUAGCACAGUCACGUUAAGGCAAGGAGAGAAGAAGCAUUACAAUCAUAAGGUGGAUGCCUACAGCUUUGCUAUUGUUUUGUGGGAACUCAUCCAUAACAAGUUGCCUUUUGAAGGCAUGUCAAAUUUACAAGCAGCAUAUGCAGCUGCUUUUAAGAAUGUGAGGCCUAGUGCCAAGGACCUUCCAGAAGAUUUGGCGUCAAUUGUGACAUCAUGUUGGCAAGAAGAUCCGAAUACUCGCCCCAAUUUCAGCCAGAUCAUACAAAUGUUAUUACACUAUCUCUCGACCAUUUCACCACCAGAGCCUGUGAUGCCUCCUAAGAGAACAACUUCGGCGAAUGCUGUAUUGCCACCUGAGUCUCCCGGUACAAGUUCAUUGAUGGCUGCAAGAUAUGAUGUAGCGGAAACUACGAAAGCGACCAAGGAAGACCGACCUAGAAGUUUCUUCUUAUGCUUUAACCAGUGUUACUGAAUCUCUCGAAGACACAAGUUCGUUUUCGAAGAUAACGUUAACUGAUAUUUAGGGGAGUUCAAUAAGGUAACUAGUCUGGGAUAUUAGAAAUAACACAAGCUAAUCAGUUAUAACUUGUAUAUGACAGAAAGCUGUGUGGUAUCCUAUGUGUCUGUUAGCUUUACAUAUUGAUUGCAUGAAUUUUAGAAUCCUUAAGAUGGAUCAACAAACUCAUGGGGUUUAAAGGUUGCUGUGAUGGAAAUGUCAAUGUGUAUAAGGUGCAUCCAAACGCCUUUGCUUCUGGUUUCUUCUCUAGAAUUUGCACACUUGUACACGGGUGUUCGGGUUCAAUUCGAAUACGUGUUUGACACGAGUA